AUGUCAAUCGAAAUCGUCCCGCUGGCCAGGGCCGACAUUCCAGGCGCCGUAGAGUGUGUGCAGAAAGCGUUCGCCGACGAUCCUUAUUUUCGAUGGGCCUUCGAUGAUCCAUCCAAGUUCAACCCCCAUCGCAAUGCUGCCUCACUUGCGGCACACUUUCACUAUGGCAUCAACUGCAGCUGCCCUAUUUUUGUUGCCAAAGUAACUCUAGCAACGAGCGACCGCAAAACCGACCGCGAGAUCCAUCUACCUCUGGGAAGCAUCGUCGGAGUUUGCUGGUGGUACUCGCCCAAGGUGGUCUCCAUGCCUCAGAGCUGGUCUGUUUGGGCCCAGGAAUGGCUUCUCUCUUUUCGCCAGCUUAAGAACAACAUCUUCUUCCUCGGCCGGGGUGGUCUGAAUGUUCGCCGCUACUGGAUCUGGAAGGAGUUACAGCAGAAUGCGCACAAUUCGCUCUGGCAGGAUCCCCGUGGAUACUAUUUCUGCAAUGUGGUGGGGGUUACAUCUGAAGCCCGCGGAGUGGGAGUAGGGAAGAAACUGAUGGAGUGCGUCAUGGAGAAGGCGGACCGAGAAGGGAUGCCCUGCUACCUCGAGAGCUCCAAGGGAUAUCCCAACGUCGAAAUCUACGAGAAGAUGGGAUUUCAACUUGUCAAGGAGAUUGAAUGUGCAGAUGGCCCGGACGCUUGCAAAGUGAGUGUGUUGGUCAUGGAUUAA